AUGUCUCGACAUCAAAAGCCGUCACCAUCAUAUAGAUCUGAUUGGUUUCAACGACCAAGUUGUCUAAUGGGUAGUUUUCUAUGGGAUGAUGAAUGUAAUAAUAUGUGUUAUACACAACAUCGUCAUGGUCGACCAUUAUCAGUCGCUUUAACAGAACCAUUUGAUCCAUUUGAACUUCAACCAACAUCAUUUUUUGAUGAUAUUCCAUGUGUAGAAAGUGAUUUUGCAUCACUUCGUCAUCGUCAUCAUCAACAACAACAACAUCAACAUCAACAUCAACAUCAACAUCAACAUCAUCGAAGUCGUUCAUCUGGUCGAAGAUAUAAACGAGAGUGUUAUAGUGUACACUAUCCAAAUGUUUGUUUUAAUACGUAUUGUUUUUCUCCACCACCACCACCACCACCACCACUAUGUCGAUCAUUAAAUCGUGCUCGUUCAAGGGAAAUACUUGUUGAAAAAAUAGAAACAGUAACGAUAGAAGAACAACAACCACGUCUGGCACCACCUUAUAUGGUUUCAUUUGUACGUACACCAUCACCAACUGUACGACAAGUUAAAAUACGUACACGUCCUUCAUCUUGUUAUGAUUUACAUAAAGAAUCAACAGGUUUUAAUCAGCAACAACAACAGCAACAAGAAAAUCGAUGGUCAAAAUAUGAUGAACAUCAUGAAGAACAUUUUAAUUAUAAUUUUAAUUAUGAUCUUAAAAUUCCAGAUCGUGUUAUUCCAAUUGAACGUAAACAACCACCAAGAAUUAUUCGUCAAGAUGCAACAACAUCAACUGACGAUCUUUACAUACCACCACCACCGCUUCCACCAAAACAAUCUCGUCCUCAAACUAGAGAAACUGGUACAACAACAGCCGGUUUACCGAAACGACCAUUAUGUGUUACAGAAACUCAAGUAAUCGAACGAUUUGAAAAAACUGAAAAUGUACGACGUGAUUCAGCAUCAAGUACAGACGGUGGAGCAGGUAGUAAAAAUAGUGCAACAAUGAAACGACCGCUUUCACGCUUCUUUGAUGAUGAUGGUUUUGUCGAAAAACAGCAUCAUCGAGCUAGCAAGAAAGCAUAUCACAAAGAUUUUGUGCAACGAAUGCAUGCUCGCAAUGGUACAUUAUCAAAACCAUGUGGUUCAUUCGAUUGUGAUACAGCUGCUGGUCGUCAACGUGAAAAAAGUCGUGUUAUUGUUCGACCAACAUCAAAACCACGUGAAAUUCUUGUUGAUACAUCUGGAAUAUUUGGUUGUACAGCUCAAUUUUCUGAACCAACAACACCACAAAUUAUUGAAAGUAGUUAUACAACAAAAUUUCGGUCACCUUUUAAACCACCUGGUUUAAUUUAA